CCUCCCACCCCCAGCCCAUCCUUGGGCCCUUCUCCUCUCCACACACAACUGGCAAGGAGAGCAACAUCUACCAUGGCCAAAUUCAUCAUCAAGACAAGCAGGUGCUCCAAGAGACAGAACAGUCAGAAGGAAAUCUCCAGAAAGAAAUCCCAUCUCAGCACCUACUCGGGCCACAGGAAUUACUCACUCUACAUCAGCAGGGUCCUGAAGGAGGUGGUUCCCCAGAGUGGCAUAGCGUCCGGCACCUUGGACGUCCUCAACAGUCUGAUCAACGACGUCUUUGAGCGCAUUUCCAGGGAAGCCUGCAACCUGAUGAACUUCAGAAACCGCUGCACCCUCACUCCUGAAGACAUCCAGAAGGCAGUGUAUCUGCUGUUGCCUGCGAAACUUGCCAAGUAUGCCGUGGCCUUUGGAAGUGAAGCUGUCCACCGUUAUGUCCACUCCUUAACUCCAUGUACCAGCUUGAUUAAACGUUGGGGAAAGUAAAUCAAACUUACUACCCAAAUGAUCACA